GCAACUUCAUAGUAAAAAAUAAAUGUAUGAAACGAGACCAAAUUUUAAUGGUGACUAUAUUUGUCUCGCUCACUUUCUUAGUGUUCCUCACUCUCACCCACAAUGUCAUUCGAAUCAUUGUCUAUGCGCUCUGUGUCAAUCAAAUAUUACCGGCGGUAUCAUAUUUUUUAGGUGAAAAAGUGUUCAUUUACCAAGUGUAUUACUACAAAUAGGUGUUUCAAAGUGUUUAUUCGGAUUUAGCGUUAUUCAGAACAUUUUAUUUAUAAGAAUGGCUUAUAGAAAAUGUGUAAUAUGUGGUUUGAGAUCGGAACGUAAAGAUGGCAUAAAACGUUAUUUUAUAGCUAGAUUUCCUCUAGAUGAACGUCGGUGUAAAGAAUGGGUAAAAAUGGCAGGAAAUGAGGAUCUAGCUUAUUUGCCCAUUGAAAAACUUAAUCAGUUAAAAUUCGUUUGUGGAAAGCAUUUUAAAAAUAGCGAUUUUAAGAAAAAAGGAACACAGCUGAAGAAAACGGCUGUACCAUCAAUAAGGCUUACUUCUAAGCCACUUCCAGACUCCAUUCUGGCAGAAUUUCCCUGUCACCUUUUCAAAGAACAAGUCUCACGAGAAGAUGAGCCAUCAACUUCUUCUAUUCCUCAACCUCACGUUCCACCCAUUUUAGAACAACCGUUACAUUCUUUUACUCAACACGAAGAAAUUGCUACGAUUGAAGAAGCCUAUCAUAUUUUUAACGAAGAUGAUGUUCCGCCAGUGCAAUACACCGUGAAUAUUACUACAAGUGAACAAUGCACUAUUAAGAAAGAUGUUCCAUCAACAUCUUCAAUGGAUUUUUUACCAAUAAAAUCAACAGAACUUACAUUAGAUGGCAGCAAAAAAGCUGCGCAAAUAAAGAGUAGGCGACCAGAGAAAAUGUACGAUCAAAAUGUCUCUCCACGAAAAAAGAAACUAAUGAAAAAGGUUGAACAUUUAAAAUCGAAAAUGAGAAUAUUUAAAAAAAAGGCAAAAAUGUUCGAUAAUAUUGAAUCAAAAUUUCUUAAGACGAUGAUGUUUUCAGCAAUUAGAAAUCAAAAUCGUUCUGUUCUGGGCAAACGAUGGUCUGAAGAUGAAAAAGCUUUAGCCAUAGCAAUGUAUAAAAAAUCACCGAAAUUAUAUAGGUAUUUAAGACAUUUGUUACCCUUACCUAGUCCAAGGACUUUACAAAAUGUUCUUAGUAAGAUGCCAAUACAUCCUGGAUUCAACAAAGUAGUUAUUGAUCAUCUCAAAAGAAAGGCAAAUGAAUUAUCGGGUAAAAAUAAAACCUGCGUUAUUUUAUUCGAUGAGAUGUCUUUAAAAAAGAGGCUAAUCUUUAAUUCUGCUAAUGAUAAAGUUGAGGGCUAUGAAGAUUUAGGAGAACAUGGUCGAUCGGGAAAUUUAGCUGAUAAAGCUUUAGUUUUAUUAUUACAAGGUGUGCAUACAAAUUUUAAGCAGCCGCUUGCACACUAUUUUGUCAAAGGUACAAUAUCUUCAGAAAAAUUAGUAGCCAUUAUUAAAAAUGCAAUUAAAAUUGUUACCGAAAUCGGGUUUAAAGUAAUCGCGACUGUCUGUGAUCAAGGCCCAACGAAUGUUGGUGCUUUAAAUUUGCUCAAAAAGUUAUCUGGACAACCCGUUGAUAGUAACUCUUACUUGGUGCAUAAUGAGAGAGUUUAUAUAAUUUAUGAUGUACCUCAUUUAUUCAAAUCGAUCCGGAACAACUUUUUCGAAGGCGGUAUUUUGGUUUUUGAUGGAAUUAAAGCUAAGUGGUCACAUUUAGUUGAAAUUCAAGAAAAAAAUAGUAACACACUCCAUUUCAAAAAAAUUACACCGCUGCACGUAAAUCCUAAGUUUCGCGCUAAAAUGAAGGUAAAACUAGCCGCACAAAUACUAAGUAAUGAUGUAUCUGCUAUUUUGAAAUUAUUUGCUGAAACAUUUGAUGUUAAUGUAAAAGAUGUUGAUGGAACAUUAAAACGUGAGUCAAUUUUGCAAACCGCCAAUGUCAUUCAGCAGUUAGAUAGAUUAUUUGAUAUAACUAACGGUCCAGCAUCAAAAAAAGAUGUGAAGAGAGGUAUACGCGUAAAUGUAUCCAAAAACAGUAUACAUCAUAAGUUAUGGCUAGAGUUGAAAAAGAAAGUCAAAUCCAUGCACUUUUUAAAAUCUGAUAGUCGACUAAGAUUAAGAAACGUCCGAUGUGUAAAUGGGUACUAUACAACUAUAUGUUCUCUUCAAGAUAUUUGGAACUACGUUCAAUCAAUUGGAUUUAAAUUCCUUAAUUUGCGCCAACUCAAUCAAGAUUCUUUGGAGAAUCUUUUCGGUUUAAUUAGGCAACAUUCUCCAACAAACCAAAAUCCGACAUGCCACCAUUUUACCGCUGCACUCAAAACCACUAUAUUAACAAAACUUAGUACUCCUAUAAGGGGAGCUAAUUGUGACCCUGAUGAUAACCAAUCGAUGUUAGAUUUUCAUGAUUUGGUAUUUAGUAAAAAAUAA